AUGACGAGCUCCACCUGGCCGACGCCGCGGUGCCUCGCCCAACGGACACGGACUGCGACGCGUCGUGCAUUCGCCGCAGGAUGGCGAAGAACUCCUCCACGUCCUCCUCCGACGCCGCGGGACCCUUUUCUCCACGCGGCAGCGACGAACAAGCAGGUCGAGGCUUUGAGGGGAGACGGUCAUCGCCGCCGCCGCUUCGCUUCCGCUGGGAGGAGGAUGCAUCCAUGCGCCCUUCCUGUUUGUGAAAAUGAGUCAACGAGGUUGGAUAUAAAGCAAGCAUCAGAUGGGACGCAAGAUGUGCCUGGCCUUUUAGAACCUCAAGUUGGCAGCAUAGAUGAUGUCUGGGAAAUUCUGACAAAUGGAGGAAGAAAUAGAUCUGUGGGGUCAACAAAUGCUAACGAGCUGAGUAGCUUCUCUCACUGGUUUGGCUUAAUUAUAGCUUUGAUAGUCAUAUAAUAGGAAACAAUGGGAUCAAGCUUGCUGGGUUCCAUGUGGAUACCAUGCAUCUUGCAUGACUUUUUGAUUCUUCUAGGAAACCCAAUAUUCACUUGAAGCACUUACAAGUGACCCAAAGAUCAUGUCUCAAGGAAACUCAGAUGAUGAUGUUGAAUUAAUCAGUGGAAAGAUGUCAAUGAAAUCCAUCUUUGGUAAGAAAAAAUUAAAGAAAGAUGGAACUGAAGGAAAAAUUAUCACACUUCCUCCUGUUGAUGUUCUACAAAGAGAAG